AUACACUCACUCUGCAACUUUACAGAAAUGCCCCAAACGGGAGGGGGUGGGGGAGAGAACACCGGAACCUUCUCUUUGCUAUGCUUGUUGCAGUGGGGACGAGUUGCACUGGACAGGAAGCACGUGUGGCUGCUUUAGUUGCGGAAGAUGGAGAAUGUUACUGAAGGGACAUGGGAUAGUCUAUCCCAUAAACUAAAUAGCAGUAUCAGACAGACCCUGAGUGAGUUAAAGUUCACUCAUAUGACUCCGGUGCAGUCGGCAACAAUCCCCUUGUUUAUGAACAACAAAGAUAUUGCUGCAGAAGCGAUAACUGGAAGUGGGAAAACACUGGCAUUUGUCAUUCCACUUUUGGAAAUUUUGCUGAAAAGAGAAGAAAAGCUAAAGAAAAAUCAGGUUGGUGCUAUAAUCAUAACCCCAACACGUGAACUUGCAGUGCAGAUUGACGAGGUGCUCUCAUACUUCACAAAGCAUUUUCCACAAUUUAGCCAGAUUCUCCUUAUUGGGGGAAGUAACCCUGUGGAUGAUGUAAUGAAAUUUAAAGAACAUGGUGGAAACAUUAUUGUGGCUACACCGGGACGACUGGAGGAUAUGUUCCGGAGACAGGCUGAUGGACUGGAUUUAGUCAGCUAUGUGAAAACCCUUGAUGUUCUUAUUUUGGAUGAAGCAGAUAGACUUUUGGAUAUGGGAUUUGAAGCAAGCAUAAAUACCAUCUUAGGGUUCUUGCCCAAACAGAGAAGAACUGGUCUGUUCUCAGCAACACAAACUCAAGAGUUAGAGAACCUGGUAAGAGCUGGACUUAGGAAUCCUGUCCGUAUCGCUGUGAAGGAGAAGGGAGUAUCAGCAACCUGUACACAGAAAACACCGAUACGUCUCCAGAAUUACUAUAUGAUCUGCAAAGCAGAUGAAAAAUUCAACAAGUUGGUGGCUUUCCUGCAGCAAAGGAAACAAGAAAAGCACCUGGUAUUUUUUAGUACGUGUGCCUGCGUGGAAUAUUAUGGAAAAGCAUUAGAAGCGCUUUUAAAAAAUGUGAAAGUGAUGUGUAUUCAUGGAAAAAUGAAGCACAAGCGCAACAGGAUUUUUACAGAGUUCAGGAAACUUAACAGUGGUAUAUUAGUUUGUACAGAUGUGAUGGCACGCGGUAUAGACAUUCCUGAAGUAAACUGGGUUGUGCAGUAUGAUCCCCCAAGUAGUGCCAGUGCCUUUGUUCACCGAUGUGGACGUACAGCCCGGAUUGGUCAUCACGGCAGUGCACUCGUGUUUCUGCUUCCCAUGGAAGAAUCAUAUGUCAGUUUUCUUUCAAUAAACCAAAAGUGCCCACUGCAAGAAAUGACAGAGCUAAUAAGUGCUGUGGAUCUUCUUCCUAAAUUGAAAUCCAUGGCAGAGUCUGAUCGCGCUGUGUUUGAGAAGGGGAUGAAAGCAUUCGUGUCCUAUGUGCAAGCUUAUGCUAAGCAUGAGUGCAACUUAAUCUUCAGGGUUAAAGAUUUGGAUUUCUCUAAUCUCGCCCGAGGAUUUGGCCUGCUGAGAAUGCCCCGGAUGCCAGAAUUGAGAGGGAAGAAUUUCUCAGACUUUGUUUCCACCACAAUUGAUACAGACUCCAUUCCAUACAAAGAUAAGAACAGAGAAAAACAGAGGCAGAAAAUGCUGAAAGAGCGAAGAGAAAAACUGGAGAGUGAAGGCAGGAGAAAUUUUGCAAAGAACAAGGCAUGGUCAAAACAGAAAGCCAGGAAGGACAAGAAAAAGAAAGUAGCGCAGAAACGGAAACAAGAAGAGGGAUCCGAUAUAGACGAAGAUGAUGUGGAUGAAUUGCUCCAUGACACUAGAUUAUUGAAGAGAUUGAAAAAGGGGAAAAUUACUGAAGAGGAGUUUGAGAAGCAGCUGACAGCAGCUGGAGAAAAGAGUGAAGAUGAAGAUGGAUCUGACAACUCAGACUGAUCUUGUGCUUGUCCUUGACUGAUUUCAUUUUGUUUAAUAAGAAAUACACAUUUUAUCUUAUCUCAGAUAUUUUUUUUUAUGUAUUUUUAAUCCCCAGAAACUGGGAGCCUUGUAUUUAGUUAUUUUACUUCUUUUUUUUGCCUAAAUAGGACAGUUUAGUGGGUUGCACAUUGACAGCGAUACCUUGUUGUGACCAAGAUAUGCUGCUUCUUUGUUUGUCUCUUUGUGCUUAAGCGAAGUUUAUUUUUGCACUUGAUCCAUGCUUGAAGUUGUUAAUGUACAUACAUGGCACAGUUGAAACAAGUCAAACAAGGCCAAAACCAUGAAACCCAUAACUCUUAUUGAUUCUGCACACUCCCUGCAGAAUACUCUCCAUACAAGUGGAAGGUGCUCCUAUCUAUAUUAAAUUGGUAUUUUCUAACCAAUCAGAUACUGGUCUCAUACACAAUAAAGGGAUUGAUUUGUGGAAAGUUACCACAAGCGAUCUAUAGUUGCACCACUCACUCUGAUAGGUCAGAUUUGUGACGAUCGAUAAUUAAGUAAAACAUAACAUAUGGCUAAAAGAAAAUUAUUAUUAUACCCAUGUGGUAUUUUCUAACCAAUAUAAAGAUUGAUUUGUGGAAAAUUACCAACACCUCUCACUCAUGAUGUACCAGGAGGCCACUUAAGGAAAUUGCGGCAAAAAUGGGAUGAAAUCCUUAAUUGCCUUUGAUAAAUCUUGGGUAGACCGAGCAAAACGCUCGUCAGGUGCUUUAAGCUGUAGUGAGGCAGGCUGAUAGGAGUCAUGAACCCAAUCUUCAUUUAGAAUGUACAUGGGGGGCAGGUGUUGAAGGGUGUGUGAUCGGGGACUAAGGAGUACAAUCUGCGCCAAACUUUGCAAGCACGCUAUUGUAACGGGAGGGAGGUGUUUGGAAGAAAUAGUGAUCUGAUUAACACAUCAUACCUGCU